GGGAUAUGAUAUCAUGGGCUAGGAUAGUAGAUGUUUGUUUGUGACAAUUAAUAUAAUCUGUAGCUUGUAUCCAACGUGGUGGAAAUAGGGGUCAGAAUAAUGAGGCAGCGGCCAAUCAGGAUGGGAGCAGGGGCUUACGUCGGACGUUUUGCUGACUCGAGUAAGAAUGAAAUUGGUAGCGAUCCACUCGGGCCUGUUGAUUCAUGUUUGGAGGAGCUUGGACGAUCUUAUUCAUUCUCGGUGGAGUUUGCCGGGCGGGUCAGAUGUGGAAAUUCAUCGUGAUUGACCAGUGACCAGUCAACCAGGAAAGCCACACGCCGCAUACGCGCACUAUCGUCUACCGGACAUACGGAAUUUACGCGAUUGCGCAGCAUUGCGCCGAAUGCCACGAUAACACGACAUUGCACCUGUCGCGUCGCUAGUAACAUUGGAUUACUAACCACCGUGACAUGCACCCGUCCGUCGCAGGCUCGGGCUUCUCCUUAUUCUCCACUUCACCUAUCACUUCUACUACUACCAUCACCUCGACCUCCGCCGCUACCGCCGCCAUCCCCGAUCGUCGUCCUUCCACCGCGAGCCGCGGUCCCGUCAGCACCCACGGGAGCCCUUCCGAGAACGGGGAGUCGGGCCGUCCCCACAAGCGCGGCGCUCCCCUUCCUCCUCCUCGUCCCUGCUCCUCCUCCCACGAUGACGGCUGCGGCCUGUCCCCGGAUUCCGCCGGCGGCGGCGGCGACGGCGGCCCUGUCGAGGACCAGAGGACGAAGAAGCGCCGGCUCGGCGCCGGCUCGAGAGGCGUGGCUAACCUGACGCCUGAACAGCUUGCGAAGAAGAGAGCCAAUGACCGGGAAGCGCAGCGAGCCAUCCGCGAACGUACCAAGAACCAGAUCGAAACGCUCGAAAGGCGGAUACACGAAUUGACGUCCCAGCGGCCUUACCAGGAGCUCCAGGCCGUGAUACGGGCGAAGGAGGCCGUCGAGGCUGAGAAUGCCGAGAUCAAGAGCCGCCUAGCUUCUAUCAUGUCCAUGAUACAGCCCAUAUUGUCUAAUCAGCAAGUCGAAGGGGCCUACAACACGCCGCCCUUAUCGAACUUCGCGAACGUCACGCCCGCCCAGCCUACGCAGCGGUCGCCCUCUCUCCCAACUACCGCUACCUACAAUGCCUCCACGCCGAUGAGCGCCGCCUCGCCCGCGUCCACCAUGGCGGACCAGUCUUCGUCGUGGCAGGCUCAGGCACAGGCCCAGGCUCCGCACCCGCACCCGAGCCCGCACUUCGCGCAGGUCAAGAUGCUGAACCAGCAGCGGCACGAGCUGCUGCACGGCCUGGACCUUGGCGCCGGCGAGCAGCUGAAGCUGGACUUCCUGCUCGACCCCUCGGCGCGCGUGAGCCGGAUGCAAACCGGCGUCGACGGGCCCCAGGACACGCCCGAGUACCACCACCUGCCCAUGAAGCACGACUGGAACGCCAACGCCAACGCGAACUCCAUACCCUCCCGCAACGGCACCGCGAUCGAAAAUGGAGUAUCUCAUCAUCAACAGCAGCAGCAGCGGAUCGAGUACGCCCCGCAAUACACCCCCCUCAACCCAAACGUAGACACACCCACAACGACGCCCUCAUCCUGGAUCGGCCGCACCGCGCCCAUAAAAAACAGCGCGCCGACCUGCCCCCUAGACAACCUCCUCCUAGACUUCCUCUCGGAGCGGCGGCAGCGUGCCCACGAAGGGGUCCCCGCGCGCGAGGUGGUAGGCCCGCGCUACCCGUCGGUAUCCUCGCUCCUGAACCCGGCGCACAGCGCCUUCUCGCACCCGCUAUCCAAAGUCUUCACCGACAUCCUCGCCGCCUUCCCGGGCAUCAGCACGCUGCCCGAGCGCGUCGCCGUGCUGUACUACAUGUUCCUCGUCAUGCGCUGGCAGGUCAGCCCCACGCGCGAGAACUACGAGCUGCUGCCGGACUUCGCGCGCCCUACCCCGGCCCAGCUGCGGACGCCGCACCCGGCUUGGGUUGAUCAUCUGCCGUUUCCUGCGAUGCGGGAGCGGCUUGCUUCUGCUCCUGUUUCUGCUUCCGCUUCCGCCACCUCAGAGGAAGGGGGGCAGGGGGGACAAGCGCAAGGACCGAUCCCGUUCGAGAACUUCUUCAUCCCGUUCACGACGACGAUCAGCCUGAACUGGCCGUACGAGGGCACCGACGCGCUGCUCCGGAGCCCGGCCGGCGGCGAGCUGCUGAUCAACCCCGUCUUCGAGCGCCACCUGCGGAGGUUCGAGAACUGGACGCUGGGCGACGCGUUCGACGCCGCGUUCCCCCGGCUCAGGGGCACGUAUAACUUGAAGGUCGGCACGAGGACGAGGGAGAUGGGCGGUGGGGGGUGA